GAACUUUGCUAUUCGCAAACGAAGAAAACAAUACGUAGACGUAUAUACGCACGAUAUGAACAUUGUUUGUUGGAAAGAAAUAGAAGGAAAAGAAAAGGUAAAGAAGACGGCAGGCGGACGCGCGAGCGAUACUCGCCUGUUUGCUUACACGCUCGCCAGGAAGCGUGACGAUCGGCGGAAGUGCGAAAAGAAGCGUGCUGCGCCCGCGAGAAUCGACGACAAUCGCCGAGUAUCAUCAUCGACGUCGAGAUGCGUUCGCGUUGUCUCCUCUCGAUGAUCGAUCGAUCGCUAAGUGGUGUCUCCUAUUCUUUCUCAUAUGGAUUUGAUCGUCUCUGGAUUUCUAAAAUACGACGUUCGAAAUACAAUGUAUCUACUGUAUUCUCGAUAAUAUUUGUAUAUCAAAUCUAUACACGUACGAGACGGGACGAUGGGAAAAGUGACUGUGCCGGAUGAAGAGAAGACGUGACACGAGGGUGGCGCGAAGGGGGCUACGCGAUGAUAACCCGCGUGGAAAAGUCGUACGAGAGAGGAGGAGUGCGUGGAAACGAGAGUAAGAGAGAAAUAGAGGAAGAGAAAGAGAGAGAGAGAGACAGAGAGAAAGAUAUGCCGCGGAGAACGUUGCGACAACGACCAGGUGGUGGAACGUGGGAAAGUCAACGUAAAAGGCAAGACAGAUGGUCGGUCGUAUUUUGGUAGAAAUCUUUCGAUCAGCUGCCAACACCGAGACCAAACUCCCGGUUGAAGAAUACAUGAAAUACGUCCAUCAGAUAAGCGAUGAUCCAGAGCCUCCAAUUCGUUCGGACUUGGUGGAACAACUGCCAUACGUUGCCAUGAUCUGCCAGGACACUCCUCAUCUAUUUGGCGAUGUUCUCCAUAAUCACAUCCUUGGUAUUAUCAGAAAAUACCUUCUAGAUAUGGACAAUCAAGUACGACAAUCGGCGCAAGAGGCCUUAUUAGCUUUGAUCAAACGCGGCCUGUUAGACACGAAGACUAUUGAGACCGAAAUCUGCCCGAUAGUAGAGAGCUUAUCCCGCAUGACCAUCGACUACUUGAAUUCAGGCAUUUCUCUCAUGAGUAAAAUGGCACUGCUUAUUGGUAAAGAGCUCACAGAAAAGGUCUUCUUGGACAGAUACAUCGCUCUUUGUGGAGAUAAUGUCGUCCACGUAAGAAGGAUGUGCGUGGUACAUUUUGGAGAAAUGUGUGCCGCGGUAGGAAGGAAAGCUCUUCUUUAUAAACUGUUUCCAAUAUUUGUCCAAUUAUGCUUGGAUAAUGUUUGGGGUGUUAGGAAAGCUUGCGUCGACGUAAUGAUGCCAGUUUCCUGUUGCGUCACUUAUCCAUAUCGUCGAAUACUUUUGGCGGAUAUUUUAGCAACGCAUCUCAACGAUGAUUCCAAGUGGGUACGAGCGAGCGCAUUUCAAAUUCUUGGUCCAUUCAUAUCUACUUUUGCGAAACAGUUCACUAAUGUAACGUAUAAUCAAGAUGGCGAAUUCGUUUUCACCAAUCAGCAGGACGAUAAUUUCAGUAUCGAUAAGAAUAACAGCGGUACCGAACGGGAUUUUACAUCGAGCAUACGAUACUCGUAUGAAGGAAUUUUUCCGACAAAAUGUGCGAUACGGAAUCAAACGUUGGAUUCGGAAGAUUACGACAUCAGAGAUGUACUCGAUAUCGGUUGUCUGAUGGAAGUGUACGAGCAUACUCAAAAAAACUAUAUGUCUAAUCUUCCCCUGAGAGCGCACAAGACGAAGCAGACGCAAAAGAAACAAGUGACGGAGAACGAACAAAAUGAUCCGGACGAUACCGAAAAAUUUAAUACGUUUCUCUAUUAUUACAUACCACCGGAAAUACCUCCCGACGAUCCCCUAGUCCAGGCAGCUCAAAAGUCGUCGGAAACAAAUAAGCCGAUCAAUGAAAAUGCGCAAGAUAAAAAGGAUGACCCUGCCAAAGCAACGAACAGUUCGACGAUAUCUAAGAAAAAAGAUGAAAGUACGGUGAAAUGUAGCAACAUCGAUAAUCGAAAGAUUGAUAACAAAAAGCAACGGGAAGAGGAAGACGACGAUGAAGAUGAUAAUAGUCGUUCAUCGAUAUGGGCCGAUGACAGUAGCGAGACCAUAGAUAUAUCCAAUUUAUCUCUGGACAAGAGUAAUUUAAACGCGUCCUUAUUUCUCAGAAAACACGAAUCUAAAAAUAAUAAGCAAGACAUCGUACCUCAAGAUUUAGUUGACUAUUUUGUAUCGAUGGCCGAGCCCGAGCUAUGUGAGGAAGGAGAAAUUCCGUAUCACUGUGCCUUCAGUUUUCCCGCUGUUGCGUUGACGUUAGGAAAAGAGAACUGGCCUUAUUUGAAAAAAGCGUAUCAAUCGUUGGCAGGUGCGAAACAAUGGAAGGUCAGGCGUACUUUAGCUUCUAGCAUUCAUGAAAUAGCCAUAAUACUGGGCGAAGAACUUACUGCCACUGAUCUCGUGCCUAUAUACGACGGCUUCAUUAAGGAUCUUGAUGAAGUUAGAAUCGGUGUUUUGAAACACCUAGCGACAUUUCUCAAAAUACUCAAGCCUAACUAUCGUUGGCACUACUUACCAAGGUUGCAUAAUUUUCUUGUCACGGAUAACGAGUGGAACUGGAGGUUUAGAAAGGAAUUGGCCACUCAAUUACUCGAGGUGGUUACUCUUUUUAACGCCAACGAUGUAGCGCAACACAUCGCACCGUUGUCUCUUAAAUUACUCAUUGAUAAAGUUGCCGCUGUCAGACAAGUUGCGCUUACACUGGUAACUCGAAUAAUCUCUCAUCUUUCUACCGAUGAACCUCUUGCCACGGCACUUAUACAGGAACUCAGAGAUACAAUUGCGAUUAAUACGAGUAAGUGGGUUCGCAGGCAAACCUACGCUCUUCUCUGCGCUCAACUGAUUGCUGGCAAUGCGAUUAGCGGAGAGAAAUUCGCCAAGGAAAUGUUACCGAGUCUACUAAAUCUUUCUUGGGAUAAAGUUCCAAACGUAAGACUGGCCGUAGCUAGGACAUUAUCGCAGAAUGUAAUUGCUAUGGGUAUAGACUGGUUAGGUUACGAUCAUGCAGAAAACGUAGAGAGAAGACUUAAGCAAAUGCGCUUAGAUAUCGAUCGAGACGUCAGAAUCUUGGCGGGAAGAGAAGAACAUCUCGUGUCGGAUGUACAAACGGAACAGGCUAGAAACAUAGUAUUUUAAUAUUUUAUGAUCUCUGUGGAUAAAUAUCCUUUUCACUAUAUCGAGGAUAAAAACAAACCGUUUAUGCCACACCGUUAAUUGCACGUGCAUCGGUUCUUCCACGCAAUAUCCUUCGAUCAUAGGAAUUAUUACGGCAGGAGAACUUGGAAUAAAUUGAGGAUAAAUUGAAUAGUCAAAAUAUUACAAGUAUUUAUGAUUCAACGAAGAACAACAUAAUGGAAAAAGAGACAUGUGAAUUGUCAGGCUGUCCGCAAUCUGAGCCGUGUAUGCCACUGAGGAGGAUUAAAGGAAACGUAUGAGUGAAGAAACAGUUUGUGAAUGUGUGUAGAGCGCGCGAGAAUGCAUGCGUUUAAUAUUGUGAUCAUUUUUUACGUGUAAGUGGCCCCUCGGAUAAGGCAGAUUAUUAAUAGUUGAAAAAUAGCAUGCCGUCAAGACUUUUUAUAGUUUGCUAAAAGUAUAUACCUUUGGUUGUGCGAACCUUAGGUAGAACUGCGGAUGAAACACACUCAUGAUCAUAUUUUAUUUUAUGUUAUUCUUUUCUUUGUUUUAAUUGAUCGCUUCGAAGCAACUUUUUAAUUCAUCUUACUUUCUUUCUUUCUUUCUUUCUUUUUUUUUUUGUUUUGCUUGGAAAGAACUUUGCAAAGAAAGUUUUAUAACCACGAGCGCGAAUACGUCCCGAUCUAUUUGAAAAUUUUACACGUUAUCGAGAGAGAAACGCCUACGCGCCUACGUCGGGGAAGAAAAAGAGAAAAUAUUCGCACGACCGACGAUAAAUCUUUCUAACGUACAAUGUUCUAAAUAAGUCGUAAUCGCGUGACUUUACCGCGAAGAUACGCCGGAUAAAAUACGAGCGAACAAUUCAGUAAUAAAACUAUUCGUCGCUGCGCGAUAUUUCAUAUAUACGUUACGAGUUUGUAUCGAGCCGUUUAGAUUAGGAAGAUGUCAAAUAUGUCCACGAGAAUUUUUGCAAAUCCUCGCACUGCGCCAAAAUUUUGGAGGAGGAAAUUCUUGCGCGGACCAGUAAUUUUUGUCUAAGGCCAACUUUUAAAUCGAUACCACGAUAAGAAUAGUUCAUAAGUCACGGACGAUUAAAUCAUUGUUGGAUAGUGUAUAAAUAGUGUACGAUACGAAUAUUUUAAGGAAGUACGAAACGGAUAGUGGGCUUAGGAUGAAAUACUGAAAUUUUUAAUUUAAAACAAAUUGUAUAGUGUUACAAAGUUGGAUAUGCGGACGUCGAUAGUUUUACUGGAUAUUAGAUGAUUUAAAUCGAACUUGCAAUGCCCAAAAAAUAUUUUACAUCUACUACUGAAGAAAAUCAAACGAUCACCCAUCAUUGGCUCCACGAAGGCGAAGAGCGAUUAAGCUACAGUAAUUAUCCUGUAUGCAACGAAUACAGUCGUUAAUUGUGAAUAUUUGUGAGAAAAGGAGAUGGUAUUGUUUAAAAUAUUCUGUAUAAUAUAUUGUGUGUGUAUUUCAUAAUAAGACAAAGAAAUAUACUUGAAGCGAUUUGUUACACAAUCA